AUGGAUCCCAUCCUAGAUGGACUAAAUCAUGCGCAGCGCGAGGCUGUAACAUCGUCUGGCUCAAUUCUACAAGUGCUCGCUCCUCCAGGCUCCGGCAAGACAAAAACCUUGACCGCACGCGUCGCGUAUUUACUCUCCCAUCAUGGAUACCAACCACAGGAUGUUAUCUGUUGCACGUUCACAAUCAAGGCUAGUCGUGAGAUGCGAGAGCGGCUGGCGAAGCUCAUUGGUGAAAAGCUCGAAUCGCGCUUGAUCCUGGGGACUUUUCACUCUAUUUGUCGUCGGUAUCUUGUUAAAUAUGGGUACUUGAUUGGUUUGCGGAAGGGAUUCGGCAUUGCGGACUCAGAUGAUACCCGCGCUAUAAUCAGACGGACUAUCAAACGACUCAAGUCGAGCAUUGAACCCAAAGCGGCUCAAGGCCGUAUCUCCCGGCACAAGGCACAUGGUCUUACUCCCGAGGCCGUGGCUGCAAAAGCUAAAGCAGAGGAGCAGGAGCUAGUUGAUAUCUAUCGCGACUAUGAAUCAGCUUUGGCGGCCUCCAAUCUCUUGGACUAUGAUGACCUUCUUCUGCGCUGUGGGGAUCUACUUCGCGAGCACCCAGAGUGUGUCUCCAAUGUGCAAGCUGUUCUUGUGGAUGAGUUCCAGGAUACCAAUGUCAUUCAAUAUGAGUUGAUGAAUCUGUUUGCAUCGAAGAACAGACGGAUCACCAUCGUUGGUGAUCCUGACCAGAGCAUCUACGGCUUUCGCUCAGCGGAGAUUCAAAAUCUCAAGCGAAUGCAGCGGCAUUAUUCCAACACGACCGUUGUCCUCUUGUCAGACAACUACCGAUCUUCGGCGUCCAUCUUGAACUCGGCUCAAGAAGUUAUUGAGCAGGAUACCAGUCGGCCUGCCAAGGCACUGCAGGCAACUCACACUUUUGGAACCUUGCCGGUGUUGAGAAAGCUCCCAAAUCCCGGCGCAGAGGCGAAAUGGAUGGUGCUCGAAAUCAAGCGUUGCCAGGCGAUGACUGGUGGGCUGUUGCGUAUGUCUGAUUUUGCUGUCUUGCUUCGAUCGGCUUCGCUGUCUACACAAAUUGAGACAGCGUUUGGAAGAGCAGGAAUACCAUAUAAGAUGGUCGGGGGGCGCAAAUUCUUUGACCGGACUGAAGUCAAGAUUCUUCUGAAUUAUAUGAGAGUUGUCAGUCACACGGGGCAUUCGGAUGCGUUGUUGAAUAUCGUCAAUGUUCCGCCUCGAAGAAUCGGCGAUGAGACGAUCAAGCAACUGACGGGUGGCGCGGAAAAGGCCAAUGUACCAUUGUGGGACUUUAUCAAAGAUGUCAUUCAAGGCCGUCGUUCGACAGAGAAAAAGCUGCAAAAGGCGGCAGAGCAGGGACUUUGUACCUUAGUCAAGUUGAUCGAGGCUUCACGACAAAAGUUGCAGGACUGUGAAGAUGCAUCAGCUCCGCGUGUUCUGAUUGAAUUCAUCACGGAACGUCUCUCCUUCCAAGAAUACCUCAUCAGGGCGUAUCCCCUAGACGAAGACAGUCGCUGGGCGAACGUCAAGGAACUGAUGCACCAGGCCACCGAGGUCGCAGCAUUUGAAGAGGAGGAGGUUGACAAAGAGAUGGAUCUCCCUGAGAUCGAAGGUGUAGAGCAACAACAGGCACAUCCAGGCGAGGAGGCUCUCACUCGGUUCCUGGCGAAUGUUGCGCUUGCCACCGAGAUCACCACCAAAGAAGAAAACCAGGAGGGUGGUCAACCCCAGGAAAAGGUCACCAUCUCGACCAUUCACGCUGCCAAGGGGUUGGAGUGGCCUGUUGUGUUUGUACCUGCUGUGUAUAACGGAAGCAUCCCUCACUCGCGUGCAGAGGUGGUUGAGGAAGAGAGACGAUUGUUGUAUGUCGCGAUGACCAGGGCCCAAGCACUGCUGUACCUGAGUCUUCCGCUUCGACAGCCCCGACUAGGCGAAGGAGAGGAUGGUUCGACGAAUUUGACGCCCUUCCUUCCUCCUAAGUUGGUCACAACUCGCUUCCGAUUAACGGGACCUUCACUUCACGAGAAAGUCGUAUAUUCCAUUGCGGAUAUUCUGCGUCGCCCUCGCCCAUCUCUCGAUGACAUGUACAGGGGGCUCGCACUCCUUCCAUCGACGCUGGACGACCGAUGGACACCUGAAGGGGAAGAAGAUCGCAGCAAGUUCGAUGGUACAUCUGCCAACGACGUUGACGAGCCAAAUCCCAAACGACGCCGGUCAGACAUGAACCAAGGACCAGGCUCGACUACCUACAUGUCAUCUGCCGCGUAUACUAUGAAUAACUCAACACAAUUUACAGUCCCUACAGCCAUUUCAUCAGGCUUUACAUCUGCCCGAGACUACAUUACAGCGAAUCCAGAACCGCCCGCGGAGUCAGCAUCCAAGUCCAAGCCUACUGCAGACGUCGUAGUGGCAAACAAACCGAGUGUAUCCAGCAAUGCAGCCCGCAAGGACGGCCUCACACAGGCCAGCAUCUCCAACUUCUUCGGUGGGCCAGGGAUCCAAAAGAGAGAGCCUGUCUUACCACAGCCACAACCAUCCCGCAGGUACGGGCAACCGUCUCAGAGCCAAUACCCAACGCAGAGCAUUCCACCGGCUCUAUUCUCGCACCGUGUCCAACAACGGCCACUUCAACCAUCCCGACCCACGCUGGAGCCGACCAACCCAAAUGGCUACACGUGGAUAGCGGCUCCAUCAAGGCCAGGACCGAAACUCGCAAGGACGUCGGUGACGCAGGAACAGACUGGAAAUAGUGCUUCUGCAGGGACCGGGGCAAGCGAGGCGAAACCCGAGGCAUCCACCCGUGGAUUCCAGGCCGUGUCGACGUUUCACACGACGACCAUGUCCAUGGUCCAACAGGCACCACGACGGACACUAGGUAUUCGACGGAGCAUGAAUGGAUGGCAGGAUCGGAUGAAGCGAGAUGGCGGUGGACAUGUGAGCUGA